AUGGAUAAAUAUGAGGAAAUACUGUCACUUUCAUGCAAUGAUGGAGAUAAGUUACUUCGAAGGUUUCCUUCAAAAGAGGAUCUGAAAUUCCAUAUCAAAAUACAUCCUCCCUAUAUUUGUGAAAAAUGUGGUAAGGGCUUUGCUAAUAGUCAUCUACUGUAUCUACAUCAAAUUGUCCACAAUGAUCCAAACAGUUACAUUUGUGAAGUUUGUGGAAAAUUAUAUAAAAGUCCUGCUCAGUUGAGGGUACAUCAAUUGUUACAUAAAAAUAUCUCGCACUUAUGUGAUAAAUGCCCAAAAGAGUUUAAGACUGCUAACUCAUUGAGAAAUCACUUAAAAUUCACCCAUAAUGAAGGUAUAACUAGAACUUGGACAUGUAAGGAAUGUGGAAGAGUUUUCAAAAAAUUCUGUGUGUUCACAGCACAUCAUAGGCAAAUCCAUCUCAGGGAUGGACCUUUGAAGUGUGAUAUUUGCGGGCAAGGAUUUGGACGAUCUGACUACUUGAAACGGCAUAAACAACGUCACAUCAGACAUGAAAAAAAGAUCUGUGGCAAAAUCCGUCUCAGGGAUGGACCUUGGAAGUGUGAUAUUUGUGGGAAAGAAUUUGGACAACCUGACUACUUAAAACGACAUAAACGACGUCACAUCAGACAUGAAGAAAAAAUCUGUGGACCUUAUCAAUGUCAAAUAUGUACGAAAAAAUUCAAAACGAUGGAAAAUUUGAAAUUGCACAUUCGCAGUCAUGGAAGGUUAUCUCGAUUCAACUGUAAAUAUUGCACCAGUACUUUCAAAAAUAAAUAUCAACGGAACAGACACGAGAAGCUUCACGAAAAAUGUGAAUCGUUACUGAAAUACAGGUGUAAAAUUUGUUGGAGAAGGAUGAAAAGCCAAGAAGAGUUGGAUAUACAUUCUUUGAACCAUGACCAUUUUAAAUAUAAGUGUGAUACAUGUGGAGAAUAUUUUGCGAGAAAAUAUUUGUUAAAUGAGCACAUGGUGAAUAUUCAUGUUGAGGAUAGGGAUGCUGAAGAAGAAUACCAAAAUCUCCUCUCAACAGGUCUUGGCCCACUAUAUGAAUAAUAUUUUCAUUUUUCAUUUAUGGCAAUCCAACUAUGAUCAUUAAAUGUAAGUUAAAUGACA